CCAGAACACAACCAGGACCAGAACACAACCAGGACCAGGAACACAACCAGGACCAGAAGACAACCAGGACCAGAACACAACCAGCAGCAGAACCAGGACUCUCCUCUUGUGGAUCGAUCUGAGCUUCACAUGCCUACCUCGGGGGCCUCUGAUCCAAAGGGAGAGGAUUUCUCCACUGCGAUCCUGAAGCAGAAACACCGACCCAACAGACUGAUCGUGGACGAGGCCGUCAAUGAGGACAACAGCAUCGUUAGCAUGUCCCAGGGAAAGACGGAGGAGCUGCUGCUGUUCCGCGGGGACACGGUGGUGCUGCGGGGGAAGAAGAGGAGGGAGACGGUCUGCAUCGUGCUGACGGACGACUCCUGCAGCGACGCUCGCAUCCGCAUCAACCGGGUGACGCGCAACAACCUGCGCGUCCGCCUGGGCGACGUCAUCAGCAUCCACGCCUGUCCUGAUGUGAAGUACGGCAUGAGGGUCCACGUUCUCCCCGUGGACGACACCAUCGAGGGGCUGACAGGAAACCUGUUUGAGGUCUACCUCAAGCCUUACUUCCUGGAGGCCUACCGGCCCGUCCACAAAGGUGACAUCUUCCUAGUGAGGGGGGGCAUGCGGGCUGUGGAGUUCAAGGUGGUGGAGACAGACCCCGCCCCCCACUGCAUCGUUGCCCCGGAUACCGUCAUCCACUGCGAGGGAGAUCCAAUCAAGAGAGAGGACGAGGAGGAGAGCUUGAAUGACGUGGGGUACGAUGACAUCGGCGGGUGUCGUAAGCAGCUGGCUCAGAUCAAGGAGAUGGUGGAGCUGCCGCUCAGACACCCCGGCCUCUUCAAGGCCAUCGGAGUCAAGCCUCCCAGGGGUAUUCUGCUGUACGGCCCCCCAGGAACAGGGAAGACCCUGGUAGCCCGAGCCGUCGCCAACGAGACCGGCGCUUUCUUCUUCCUCAUCAACGGUCCUGAGAUCAUGAGCAAGCUGGCCGGGGAGUCGGAGAGCAACCUGAGGAAGGCCUUCGAGGAGGCGGAGAAGAACGCCCCCGCCAUCAUCUUCAUCGACGAGCUGGACGCCAUCGCUCCCAAGAGAGAGAAGACCCACGGGGAGGUGGAGAGACGUAUCGUGUCCCAGCUGCUGACCCUGAUGGACGGCCUGAAGCAGAGGGCUCACGUGGUCGUCAUGGCAGCCACCAACAGACCCAACAGCAUCGACCCCGCCCUCCGACGCUUCGGCAGGUUUGACCGCGAGGUCGACAUCGGUAUCCCAGACUCCACUGGGAGACUGGAGAUCCUGCAGAUCCACACCAAGAACAUGAAGCUGUCCGAUGAUGUGGACCUGGAGAGGAUCGCAGCAGAGAGCCAUGGUCAUGUAGGCUCUGACAUGGCAGCGCUGUGCUCUGAGGCAGCGCUGCAGGCCAUCCGGAGGAAGAUGUUCCUCAUCGACCUGGAGGACGAGACCAUCGACGCCGACCUGCUCAACUCCCUGGCCGUCACCAUGGAAGACCUCAGGUGGGCUCUGAGCCAGAGUAACCCGUCAGCCCUGAGGGAGACGGUGGUGGAGGUGCCUCACGUGAGCUGGGAGGACAUCGGGGGCCUGGGAGAGGUCAAGAGAGAGCUGCAGGAGCUGGUGCAGUACCCAGUGGAAUACCCAGAUAAGUUCCUGAAGUUUGGCAUGACUCCGUCCAGGGGCGUGCUGUUCUACGGCCCCCCCGGCUGUGGGAAGACCCUGCUGGCCAAGGCCAUCGCCAACGAGUGCCAGGCCAACUUCAUCUCCAUCAAGGGGCCCGAGCUGCUCACCAUGUGGUUUGGAGAGUCCGAGGCCAAUGUCAGGGACGUGUUUGAUAAGGCCAGACAGGCGGCCCCCUGCAUCCUGUUCUUCGACGAGCUGGACUCCAUCGCCAAGUCCCGGGGAGGGGGGGGCGGGGACGGGGGCGGAGCAUCUGAUAGGGUGAUCAACCAGAUCCUCACAGAGAUGGACGGCAUGACCAACAAGAAGAACGUGUUCAUCAUAGGAGCCACCAACCGACCAGACAUCAUAGACUCUGCUAUCCUGCGUCCAGGCAGACUGGACCAGCUCAUCUACAUCCCCCUGCCCGACACAGCCUCCCGCACCGCCAUCCUCAACGCCAACCUGCGCAAGUCCCCUGUGGCCCGCGAUGUGGACCUGGCCUACCUGUCUCGUAUCACGGAGGGUUUCUCGGGGGCCGACCUGACGGAGAUCUGCCAGCGGGCGUGUAAGCUGGCCAUCAGGGAGGCCAUCGAGGCUGAGAUCAGAGCAGAGCGUCAGAGGCAGAGCAAACCAGGCACCGCUAUGGAGCAGGGCUACGACCCCGUCCCAGAGAUCAGGAAGGAUCACUUUGAAGAGGCCAUGAGGUUCGCCCGGCGCUCCGUCAGCGACAACGACAUCCGCAAAUACGAGAUGUUCUCUCAGACGCUGCAGCAGAGCAGGGGCUUCGGGAACUUCAGGUUUCCCUCAGAUGCUCAGCCCGGAGGUCAGGGGUCAGGGGGGUCAGGGGGGUCAGGGUCAGGGGGGUCAGGGCCGUUCACAGACGACGGGGAUGAGGACCUCUACCAGUGACCUUUCACCUUUAACCUGGGUCAGAAAAACAACUAAAAAACAACUAUGUCAUCAUCUUAAGUCAGGGACAGAUGAAGUAUGGUUUGUCAGUGUUUAACCUUAUUAUAGUUUUGCCGUAAAGCAUAAGUCUGGUAACAUUUUUGGAUGGAAUUAGAUAUUCCAAGCUGAUAUUUUGGAAUAUCUAAAUAUUUAAAUGUAUGAAUAUUACCUUGAUUGGCCAGCUGCCAGAAUCUUAAAAUUACAUCACUUCUUGAUGAUUUAUAAAAGAGUUUGAGGAUGGUACCUCAAAUUGUACCUAGUUGAUGUGAAACAUCUACUAUGUUAACUUGUUCUGCUGCCUGUGAAUGAUUGUUUGAUGUGUGGAUCAGUGAAUAAAGAGAUUCGAUGUUAUGAUUGACUAACAUGUAGGCUAGUGUUGCUGUGCAGUGUGAUACCCCCAGAUGUAAAGAAAUAAAGUUCGUAACGAUGUUUGACUGUC